UACUUAAUAAAAGAACUUGUCUUGAAUCAUAUGUAGUCCUGUGUCGUCCUGUAUCAGGCACAGUCCCCUGUCAAUACUCUGCAGCAUGUCCGCAGCAUGCUGUGUGACCACUAGCGUUCUCAUAGUCCACACCCUUUCCACCCAACCAUCGACUGUAGAGCAACUUUGCAAGCCAUAUAUAUCCGACCAGGUGCCUCAGCCUAAUGGGAUCAGGGCGGAAAGCCGAUGACAGAAAAUUGAGGAAACAGAACAAGGCCCCCUCAGCAGAGUUCAUGAACCAGCAGCCUCAACCGGGGCCGUACAACUUUCAAUACGCUCCCCCUCCAGGCCCUCCACCGGCACCACUACCACAGCAUGCGCAGUAUUAUAGCACAAUGCCGAUCCCGUGGUUUUCGUCGCAGAUGAAUGCGCGAGCUGAAAAGGCGCCCCUGUCCGAGUCUGCUGCGCGCCCGAUGUCGAAAGACGAAGAUAUCCAGAGACUCUUCAAAGCUUGUCAAACUGGCAAAGGUCACGCUUCUCUCUUGCACGAAGCACUUGUCUAUGCGAAACCAGAGGAUCUCAAGGACAAGAAGGGAAUCAUUCAAGAGUUUCGCCUCCGAUGCCGGGCAUCUCAAGAAUUCAUAUCCUCUCAAAUUGCUUGGGCUACAUCCCAAGCAGAGCAGUCUCGAUCGGAUGUCGGCAGUUCUCAGGAAACCAGGGAGGAGCAGCUCUUAGCUGACUUAUUAGCUACAAAUGAGGAGCUGUUGGAGGCCAUGAAGAUAUACGACGAUUUGGAACGUCUGGGUGUUGAGCAAGAAAAGGAGGAACGUACCCGAGCAGAGCGCAAGCUUUGUGCCUUGACUGCGAUCACCUCGUUCACCCCAACACCAGCCGAGUCCGAGCUCGUCAACCAAAUCUUCAGCAUCGCAGACACGCUAGGUAUGGGUUCCAUCAGUUCUGUCGCGGCCACUAAGGUCUUCUAUGGUGCGGGUAUCCCUCCGAGUACCUUGGAUGAAAUCUGGAGAAUAGCCAAUGUUGAAGAAAACGACAUGCUUAGUCGACAAUGUGUUGGCGUUGCGGUUAGGUUAGUCGGUCAUGUUCAGAAUAACCCUGGCGUCAAGGUGGAUGAAACACUCGUGAAUGAACCGGCUCCUUUACCUAAGAUACAGGGACUUGAGCCUUCAGCAGGUGCAUCUGGAUACGACGAAGCUGGUCCGUCAACCACGCCAUUACCACCUUUGACACCACAGGAUCGCAACAAGUUCCUAAAGAUCUUCUUCAACGCUCAUCCUCACAAUGGCAUGGUUCCAGGCGACCACGCCCGAGAGCUCUUCAUGAAAUCAAGGCUACCGAUUGACAUACUCGCCCAGAUUUGGGAACUCGCAGAUACUCAGAAACAAGGCGCACUCGACGCGACAGGGUUUACAGUUGCAAUGUAUCUUAUUCAAGCAAUCAUGUCGGGUCGCCUGAAGGCCAUGCCCUACUCACUUCCGCCUUCAAUCUAUGAAGCUGCCUCACCUCCGCCUGAUCUUCAGCAUUCUCUUCAACGGAGCUUGGCUUCGGUUCACCCCAGCGCAGGACCUGUGCCUGAUUCAUCUUCAUCUCAAGCAGGUCCGAGCGGCAGUCAUUCACCACAACAAUGGGCUGUGACUCCGGAACUGAAGGCGACUGCGGACACAUUCUUUAAUGUACUUGACGAAAAACACCAUGGGUAUCUUGAUGGCAAGACUGCAAGAGCACAUUUCAUGCAGACUGGGAUUUCCGAGCACGAUACGCAGCAUAUCUGGAGGCUUGUUGACAUUAAUGGUGAUGGUCGACUCGGUCGUGAUGAAUUUGCUGUUGCAUUACAUCUGAUUAGAGAAAGAGGUGCUGGCAGAGGCUUGCCAGAGAUCCUUCCCCCUUCUCUAGUUCCUCCUUCCAUGCGACACCCCGUUAGUCCUACCCCGCCUUCUCGUACUGAAGCAUUGCUCAUCGACCUUGAUGCUGCUCCUGCACCCACACCACCGCCGAAAGAACCAUCUCCACGACAUGUUCGGUUUGCUCCAAGUCCAAACGCUAGCUCUUCUCACAUUCUAGAUGAGCCAUCUCCGCCGAGCCGUCCACCUCGGUCUACUCCGAGCCCUUCGAUUCUGCGGCGUACACCUAAUGCAACCACGCCCGUCGCAAGUGCCUCUAGUCUUGAAUUUCCGUCAUUCUCUUCCCCGCCGUCUUCGCCAAUCUCCAGUAGGGUAGCACCGGAUGCAACGGCAACUUGGAGUUGGGCAAUUACGCCAACGGAGAAAGCACGUUCGGAUCGCUUCUUUGAUAUGUUGGAUCCGUGGAAACAUGGAUACAUAGAAGGCGAAGCCGCGGUGCCGUUCAUGUCAAAAUCGAAAUUGCCCACUGAAGUUCUUGGAAAGAUUUGGGAUUUGGCCGACGCUGAUACAGAUGGCCGUCUGUCAAAGGACGACUUUGCUGUCGCCAUGCAUUUGAUACGAGCGAAAUUGGCUGGGAAGGAGAUCCCUGACAGCCUACCAACCACUCUGGUGCCUCCUCCACUCCCCGAGGCUUCUGCUGACGCAGAUCAGCCAGCACAGCAAACACAGCAAAUAUCAAGUUCGACUGUGGACCUUACUGGAGAAGCAGCGUUUGCUGCGGACGAGGAGCCUCGAUCAUCUACGCCUCCACCGCCCUACGAGAGCCUACCAAGUACGCUAUCCUAAACAGACAUUUGUAUUACUUAACUGCGGACGGUCUUUCUAUUAUUCUUGUGUAUUUGUAUGCUGGUAUGGAUACAAUGUCCACGUAACGACUGUAUAAUGUAGUAUAUAGAACAAAACGCGUUGAAUCCACUACUGCAAUUGCAGAGUCCCAUAGUUCGCAUCUGACUUUGUCAACGUGACAACCCGCCUGCCAAAUGUAUCGAGCAAUUUAUCCCCAUUUACCGAUGGAUCAGAAUCAUUCCGUGCUUGAGCAAACAUCGACGGCAUGUUUGAACCAUCCAAUGAAGCAGCGACCGAAUACAGAGUGAA